UUCAAAUUCAGUUUAAAUAUGUAUAUCAAUUGGACAUUCUGUAAGGGGUACUGUCAGAGCUAGCUAUAGGAAGCUGAGUUUUAUGUGUUUAUUCUCUUUUAACUCCUUCACAUUUUGAUUAUGGCAGAAAAUCAACUACUUCAGCUUCAUGCAAUUGAUCAGGAAGCCCACAAAGAAUCAAGCAGAGCAACGCGACAAGAUUCAACAACAAAUUUACGAGGAAAAGAUUAUAAAUGGUGGAUUCGAAUGGCAAUGUACAUGAUCUUUCUCUUGUGUGGACAAUCAACAGCAAUCCUUUUGGGAAGAUUGUAUUAUGAUCAAGGUGGACAAAGAAAAUGGAUAGCUGCUUUGGUUCAAACUGUCGGUUUCCCAAUUCUCUUUCCCUUCUAUUUCCUUCCCACUUCAUCAUCAUCAUCAUCAUCAUCAUCAUCAUCAUCAUCGUCAUCAUCAUCACCAUCCUCAAUUCCUACCACCAGUAAUGGAAUAUCAGGUCCACCAUCUAUAAUAACCUUGGCGUUGGUUUAUCUUACACUUGGUCUACUCACAGCAGGAGGCUGCUUAUCAUCUUCAUAUGGGUUUUUGUACCUCCCGGUUUCUACUUUGUCAAUCAUUUCUGCAUCACAGUUGGGUUUCACUGCUCUUUUCUCCUUCUUCCUCAAUUCCCAAAAGUUCACUCCUUUCAUCACCAAUUCCAUUGUCCUUCUCACUAUCUCUCCCACACUCCUUGCUUUCCAACCCAAUCCUUCAAAUGUCAAUGGUGUCUCAAAAGGAAAAUAUGCAAUUGGGUUUAUCUGCACAGUUUGUGCUGCAGUCGUGACUGCACUAGUUCUUUCCCUCUCACAGUUUUUCUUCAGGAAGGUUAUAAAGAAGAUAUCCUUUAGAGCUGUUGUGGAAAUGAUUAUCUUUCAGUCACUGGUAGCAAGCUGGGUGAUACUUGUUGGGCUUUUUGCUAGCAAUGAGUGGAAGGGUUUGAGGAGUGAAAUGGAGGGGUUUGGAUUGGGGAAAGUUUCCUAUGCGAUGACUCUGGUAUGGUCAGCUAUAUCUUGGCAACUUUUCCAAAUUGGAGCAGUGGGAUUGAUAUUUGAAGUGUCUUCUCUGUUCUGCAAUGUGAUGAGUGCUCUGGCUUUGCCUCUUAUUCAAGUAUUGGCUGUGAUCAUUUUCCAUGACAAAUUCAAUGGUUUAAAGGCUAUAUCAAUGGUUCUAGCCAUUUGGGGUUUUGUUUCUUACAUAUACCAGCAUUACCUUGAUGAUCAGAAGUCCAAAAACAUAAAAAUAAAUGCAAAUGCAGAUGCUGAUGUUGUUGAAGAUAUUGCCGAUGUAGAUGCCAAUUAAUGGAGUUUUCAUUGCUUUUCCUGUUUGUGAAAGAGGCCAAAGAAUUGAUAAAAUUGGCAUAAUAUGUCGAUUUAUGGCCAUUAUAUGUUGCAUGAUAUAUGCUGUCUGGUGAUAGUGAUGCAACAAUUAUUUUUAAUUUGGUCGGAUGUUAAAAGUUAUUGCUAGACAUAUCAUAUGAUAGCACUGUAUAAUAAUGCAUAUUAUAUACAAGGUCAUAAAUUGUAAUAUGUUGUUUAUGUUUGUUUGAUUGUAAUGCAGCAAUUAUUGUUAA